AUGCAGGACCUACUGGAUCAGGAACUGGAUCGCAUAGACCAGCUGCCCAAGCAGGGUCUUUACUGGGUGGAGUUCAGCGCCUUUGCCCUUGGUAUCAAUAUAGCGCCGCGGAAGCGUAGCUCCAAGCACUGUCGACUAACACGAAUUGCUGUCUUGCUGGUCAAUUUGAGCAUCAUCUACAGCCUGGUGGCAUUUAUUAUGGCCAACUAUCAGGUGUCCUUUGAGACCUAUGUUGAGGCUGUGCUGCUCACCUUUCAACUCAGCGUUGGGGUGGUCAAGAUGUUUCACUUUCAAAACAGCCUGGAAGCGUCGGUACAGCUGGUGCAUUCAACGGAGACAGGACAGGUGCUCAGAUCCUUGGGUCUCUUCGAUUUGGAUUUGCCAAGAAAACAGGAACUGCUCCGAUCACUGAGCACAAUAUUGCUCGACAAUUGGCUGAUCAUCGAUCGCCAGGUCAUGUUCUUCUUCAAGAUUGUCACAAUGCCGGUGCUCUACUACACAAUGCGUCCGUACUUUCAGUACAUUUUUGAUUGUUACAUUAUACGGGAUACGUGUGAAAUGACGCUGACUUAUCCGGCCAUUGUGCCUUUUGUGCAGUUGGGAAACUAUGAAUUUCCUUCGUACGUGAUUCGUUUCUUUCUGCUGCAAAGUGGUCCACUUUGGUGCUUUUUUGCUGUCUUUGGCUUCAAUAGCCUGUUUGUGGUGCUCACCAGAUAUGAGUCGACUCUGAUUAAGAUUCUGCGCUAUUUGGUGCAGAAUUCCACGUCCGAUAAGUUGGUGCCCAAGCACCUGCGAGUGCGGUAUCUGCAGUGUUGCGUUCGACUCUUUGCUCGCAUUGCCAAUCAUCAUAACCAGAUAGAGAAUCUCUUCAAAUACAUUAUUAUGGUGCAGUGUUCGGUCAGCAGCGUACUCAUAUGCAUGCUGCUCUACAAGAUAAGCACAGUGUUGGAGGUGGGCUUGGUGUGGAUGGGCAUGAUUAUGGUGUACUUUGUGACGAUAACUCUGGAGAUCAGCCUGUACAAUGUGAGUGCACAGAAAGUGGAGACACAGAGCGAGCUGCUCUUCGAUGACUGGUACAACUGUGACUGGUACAAUGAAUCGAGGGACUUCAAGUUUCUCAUUCAAAUGAUGCUUCUGUUCACGCGACGUACAUUUGUCUUGAGCGUUGGCGGCUUUACCAAUCUCUCGCACAAGUUUCUAGUGCAGGUCUUUCGCUUGAGUGGAAAUUUCUUCUUGCUGUUGCGGAAUAUGAACAGCAAAUAAGCGCAGUUUUGUUUUUGGUUUAUACAAAAUUACAACGUUG